AUGAACCUCAGCAAUGAAGUUUCUUUAGCUAAGCAGUGUAAUCCCAAGGAUUUCAUCAUUUCAAAAAAAGCUCGACUUACUGAUGCUAAAAAGAAUAUAGUGCUCCAUCUAGCUGAAACUAUUCAAACAGAUAGGCCUACAUUUAUGUCAAUCAUGGUGCCCAGCUGUAUCAGCAAAAGAUUUUAUCUGACCAUUCCCAUAGCUUUUGCCAUUCAAUAUCUUCCACGAAUAAGUUGCAUAGUUCUUCUGCAACUAGAUGACAAGGAGAGAACUUGGCCUGUUCAUUGUCUUGUUCAGGGGAAUUCAAUUGGUUUUUCUUCUGGAUGGAAGGAAUUUGCUCAAUAUAACCAGUUGAAUGUAGGUUAUGUUCAUAUUUUUGAGAUGUUGGAAGCUCAGGAAGGAGUAUUAAUGGUUGUUCACAUCAAUAAGAUUCAGUAG